AUGGCUAAGAAGUCGAAAUCAAAGGUAAGAGCUAAGAGUUCAAAGAGGGCCUUAAGUGCUUUGGAACUAGCUGAAAGAGAACUGGGUGAAAACGCAUCCUCAAGUGAGACCGAAGAUUAUAAUUCUAGUAAAAACUAUCGUCGCAAUGGAACUGUUGUUAACUUGUUGAAGUCAAUUUCAAGGAAAAAUGAAGACGAGGAGGAGGACCACGGCUCAGAGAAUGACUCUUUUGAGGAUGAAGAACUAGGCUCAGAUGAAGCGCUUGGUUCGGAUGAUGAUUAUGAUAUUUUAAAUUCAAAAAUCUCACAGACUAUCCGUGACAAGAAGAAAUUAGGUGAAGAGGCUGAUGAUUUAGAUGAAGAAGCUGGUUAUACUUCUAUUGAUGAGGAUGAACUUAUGCCACUUUCUCAAGUUUGGGAUGCGGAUAACAAUGACAAGAAAUCUGAAUCUGACAGUGACAACCAACAGUUGAACUUACAAGAUAACAUGAGCUCUGAUUUCGAAAGUGAAAGCGAAAGUGAGAGUGAAGAAAGUGAUGAGGAUGAGAAGGAAGCUAAUCCCUUUGAUGAAAUAUCGGAGGAUGAAGAAGAUGUUGAAUUAAACACAAUUACUUCCAAAUUAUUAAAGGAUACUUCAAAUCAUUCAAAAAAACUAGAUAAUUAUGGUACAGGUGAAGAAAAUGAAUUUAUGUUACCUUCAGCUUCAACUACAGGGGGGGCUCAAAAGUUAAGUUUAUCAGAUAUGAUGAACGCUAUUGAUGAUAAAGAAAUCAUUGCAAAGGCGUCUUUAAUUGAUGAUAAAAAGGCAUCUUCGACUGUAAAUAUACCUUUACCCCAAAGAAUUCAACAAAGACAUGACAGAAAAGCUGCUUACGAAAUUUCUAAAGAUGAAGUCAAUAAGUGGAAUGAUAUUGUAAAGCAAAAUAGAAGAGCUGAGCACCUUUCAUUCCCCUUAAAUGCUGCGGCUGACCGCAAUGAAUCAUCUGCAUUCACAAGAAACAUUGAAGAACCAAGAACUGAACUGGAAGAAAAAAUUGGUAAAGUAUUGAAAGAGAGCAAUUUAGUCGACCUCCAAAAAGAAUCGACCUUUGAAGAGUUGGCUACUGCGAAGAUGACUCCAGAAGAGAUGAGAAAAAGAACAGCCGAAAUGAGGUUAAUGAGAGAGUUAAUGUUCCGUGAAGAAAGAAAGGCUAAAAGAAUAAAGAAGAUUAAAUCUAAGGCAUACCACAGAAUUAAAAAGAAGGAAAUGUUAAGAAACAAGGAAUUGGCUGGUGUUUCUGAUGAAAGUGACACAGAACACGACCUUCAAAGAGCUAGAGAAAGAAUGACUUUGAAACAUAAGACGAAUGCUAAAUGGGCCAAAGAUAUGAUAAAACAUGGCAUGACUAACGAUGCAGAGACGAGAGAGGAAAUGGAAGAGAUGUUAAGACAAGGUGAGCGUCUAAGGUCAAAAAUCUUGGAUAAAAACUCAGAUGAUGAAGCUGAACUCAACAUCAGUGAUUUGGAAAGAGAUAAUGCUGAUUCUGGAGAUGAAUCAUCGAAGGAAAACCUAGGCAAAACUGGAGUUAUGAAUAUGGCUUUCAUGAAGAAUGCUGAUGCUAGAGAAAGGGAAGCUAACAGGGAAAAACUUGCCAGGUUGAGGGCUGCAGAAAAUGGAGAGGAUUUUGCUUUAUUCGACAGUGAUGAAGAUCAAGAGACCAAAACUACAGGUGAACAAAUUCAACUUAACAAAGGUAGAAGAGUAUAUACGCCAGGAAAUUUAAAAGCCAGAAAAGUAUACGAUGAACAAAAGACCAAAAUACGUGAAGAAAUAGAAAUUGACGCAUCUAGAUCUUUGACUAAUAGAUUGAGGAAGGCUAAUUCAAAGGUUACAAAUGAUGGUACUUUGAUUGUUGAGGAAGAAGAAGACAGAAAUGAAAGUGAGCCAGAAGGUAAAGGCUCAGAAAAGAAGCAAGAUCAAAGUAAUCAGUCAUCAAAUCCAUGGUUGGAUGAAAGUGACGAUGAACAGAAGACAACAAAAAGGUCAUCUAAGAUAUCCAUUGUUGAUAAAGAUAGUUCCAAACAAAAUAAGAGUGCACAAAAGAUAAUGAAAGAAAGUGAAAAACAAAACAGGAUAAAUAAGAGCAAAUUAAAUGAAAAUCAGGAAGAGCAUUUAUUAUCCGAUUCCACCAAGUUAAGCCUAAUUGCUCCAUAUAAUAAUGACGAGGAUGACGACCAGAGCCAAGGUUUCAUGUUCAAACAACAAGAAGUUAUUGCUGAGGCGUUUGCUGGUGAUAAUGUCGUGGCAGAAUUCGAAGAAGAAAAGAAAAGAGUUGCUAUCGAUGAGGAUGAUAAAGAAGAAGAUGUUACAUUGCCUGGUUGGGGUGAUUGGGCAGGUGCUGGAGCUCAGCCUAGAAAGAAGAGAAAAUUCAUCAAGAAAAUCAAAGGUACAGUUGAAAAGGAUAAGAGAAAGGAUAAGAAUUUGAAAAACGUUAUUAUCAAUGAGCGAGUUAAUAAGAAGAAUUUGAAGUAUCAAUCAUCGGCAGUACCUUUCCCAUUCGAGAGUAGGGAACAAUAUGAAAGGUCCUUACGUAUGCCAAUUGGACAAGAAUGGACGUCCAGGCAGUCACAUCAAGAUUUAAUCAAACCACGAAUCAUGACGAAGCCUGGACAAGUGAUAGAUCCAUUGAAGAACCCAUUCAAAUAA